AUGCAGAGUCUACAGCAGAAAGCUUCUGAAUGGAGCGGAGUUCCGACGAACGAAGCUUCCUCCAUCGACGAGACCAAUCUCUUCCAGAAACAUGGCCUGCAAACCUUCAUUAACCUCUCCACCAAUUUUUACAACAGGGUUUAUGAUGACGAAGAAGAAUGGUUUCGUUCAAUUUUUGCUAGUUCUAAGAAAGAAGAAGCUAUUCAGAAUCAGUACGAAUUCUUCGUGCAAAGAAUGGGAGGUCCUCCUCUGUUCUCUCAAAGAAGAGGACACCCUGCUCUAAUUGGUCGACAUCGACCAUUUGCAGUCACUCAUCAAGCUGCAGAGAGGUGGUUACAUCACAUGCAACAAGCUUUGGACACUACUCCAGAUAUAGAUGAUGACUCAAAGAUCAAAAUGAUGAAAUUCUUCAGGCACACUGCUUACUUUUUGGUGGCUGGUGAUGAGCUAAAGAAUCCAAACCAACAGAUGCCAUGCAAACACUGCAAACAUUGA